AUGUCCGUAGUGGAUUAUGAACGGGAAUUUCUGAGACUGAGCAGAUAUGCAAUUGAAUUUGUAUCAACUGAAGCUGACAGAUGCAAGCAAUUUCUAAGAGGACUUAUCAGAAGCCCAGCUCAGAACGUUCAAAUUCCAGAAUGUGAAUAUUGUGGAAAUGGACAUAGGGACGAAUGUAGAAAGUUAACUGAGGGUUGUUUCCGAUGUGGAUCCACUGAUCAUUUUGUUAAGGAUUGUCCAAAGAUUGGUAAGACAACACCAAUGGUAUCACAAAGAUCUGAAUCUACUUUUAGAGGUCGAGGAUCAGUCCGAAGUGGUCCAGUUGCUAGAGAAGGUACUAGAAGAACUAGUGAAAAUGCUACCCAGCAAUAUGAAGUAAGAGCUCCGGCCCGAGCAUAUGUCGUAAGAACUCGAGAAGAGGGAGAUGCUCAUGAUGUGGUAACAGGAAUAUUUUCAUUAUAUUUAGAACCUGUAUAUGCUUUAAUAGCUCCAGAAUCAUUACAUUGCUAUGUUAAUACAAAACUAACAGAGACGGAAAACUUAAAACCUGAACUGUCUAGAGUAACGAUAAAAGUGUCUAGUCCAUUAGGGCAAACUGUGUUAGUGAAUCAAAUAUGUCGAAGAUGUCCGUUGAUGAUUCAGGAUAGAAUCUUUUCUGUUGAUCUGUUGAUUAUGCCAUUCAGCGAUUUUGACAUUAUACUAGUUAAAGCUAGUAAGCUUCUUUACCAAGGAUGUGCUGCUUUCUUAGCAUAUGUUAUUAACUCCGAUUCAACUGAGAGUCAGUGCAGUAAAAUUCGGACUGUAUGUGAAUUUCCUAAUGUGUUUCCUGGAGAAUUGCCUGGAUUACCUCUUGAUCGGGAAGUUGAAUUUGUAAUUGAAGUAUACCCGGGCACAGAUCCAGUGUCAAUACCCCUAUAUCGAAUGUCACCUACUGAGUUGAAAGAGCUGAAGAUAGAUAUCAUAUUCAUGGAAUACGAUUCACUUUCAAGAUGCCUUGGUGGUGAAAUGGUAGACACACGAGACUCAAAAUCUCGUGCUAAAGAGCGUGGAGGUUCGAGUCCUCUUCAAGGCAUAAUAUUGAAGAUUGAAGCCAUACUUCAAAGUGCCUAG